AUGUCGCCUCCAAACGACGAGGGCACUCAAGCCCCUAAAGAUGGGCCAGAUAGCAAGACUCACACCACCAACGAUCCAUCGGCACCGCCCAAAAAGCCCAGCCCGUCCGUCAUCAAAGGCGCCUCCCUUCUCAUCAUCCUCCAAGUCGCAUCCCGUCUCGUCACCUUCGUCGCCAACCAGCUGCUGCUUCGCUUUCUCACCGCCCCUCUUCUGGCCCUUUCCACGCAGCUAGAAGUGUUUUAUCUCUCGGUUCUCUUUUUCGCCCGCGAAAGCCUGCGUGUGGCCAUCCAGCGCCAGGGCAUUGCUGGGGCUGCAAGCACCAAUGAAGACGAGGCUGGCGAUGCUGCUGCUGCUGCUGCUGCUGCGCGCCAAGAGGGACAAGCAGUGGUGAAUCUGGGCUAUCUUGCCGUAGGGCUGGGGAGCAUCGUCAGCGUGGGCUUGGGAUGGAUGUACCUCGCGUCUGCCUCGGUCGAAACGCUUGCGACGCCCUGGCUUGUUGAGUCCCUCUGGCUGUACGGAGUGGCUGCCAUGGUUGAGCUCAUGUCUGAGCCUUGCUUUGUCCUGAUGCAAACGCGUCUUCAGUUCGGCACCCGCGCAACUGCUGAAUCCAUCGCCACGUUUCUUCGUUGCACCGUGGUCUUCGGAUCUGCUGUCUGGGCGUCCCGGAAGGGCCUGGACAUCGGCGUCCUUCCCUUUGCCCUUGGCCAGCUUUCAUACGGCAUCUCGCUUCUGGUCGUGUAUCUGGUCUCAGGAUAUCGCCUUGCGCUUAAGACUGGAUUCUCACUUCUGCCCAGGCAACUUGCUUCCAACCAGAAUGUCGUCUUUCUGCUGUCGUAUUUCUACAAGCCGACGGUCAAUCUUGCGGGGAGCAUGAUGGCCCAAAGUGUAGUGAAACACCUCCUUACACAGGGUGACACUUUCCUGAUAUCGCUAUUCUCUAAUCCCGAAGCCCAAGGUGUGUAUGCUCUGGCCAACAACUACGGCAGCCUCCUCGCCCGCCUUCUCUUCCAACCCGUGGAAGAGAGUAGCCGCAGCUACUUCUCUCGCCUUUUAUCUUCGCCCAUUGGACCUUUUGCGGCUCCAGCGCUUCUAUCCAUCGUAGCGGGUAAACUCUGGACUGGAUCAGGGGCUGGCCAAGUUCUUAGCACAUACUGCUUCUACAUCCCAUUCAUGGGACUCAACGGAAUCACAGAGGCUUUUGUUGCUUCUGUCGCUUCAGAAGCUCAAGUACACCGCCAAUCAUUCUGGAUGGGCAUCUUCUCGGCUGUUUUUGCUGCAUCUGCUUUCCUCUUUAUGCGUAUCCUUCCGCUUGGUGCUAUUGGCCUCGUCUACGCCAACAGCAUCAACAUGCUAUGCCGAAUCAUCUGGAGCGGCGCCUUCAUUAACAAGUUUUUUAAAUCUCAUGGUAUAGACUUUGCACCCACGUCGCUAUUUCCCACGACCACAAUCGCUGUAUCGCUGUCAACACUGGUACUCUUACGGCAGCUGAAUUUUCACGAAAUUGGCCAAGACCAGCCAUUCGCAACACUGGUUAAGAUUAUUGGCUUUGCCAUUCCAUUACUGCUUUUAAUGUAUGUCAACACAUCUCUACAUGCUAUGCGUCUAUUUCUCUGUAAUAUACACAAUCAUCUAACAAAGUGCUGUAGUGUAUCUCUAGAACGAAAGUUUCUUUUCGAAUGCUUUCAGUCUAUCCGAGGUCGCAGAGCAAGUAAGCGCGAGUAG